CUUUUUGUUGUCUCCCACAGACCUGGCCAGCUUCACUUCCAAUUGGGCUUUGGCCGCACAAAUUUUCUCCCUACAAACACGAACAGCAUCCCUGUAUUCCUUCCAUGUUGCCUGACCCUGCUUCCAGCAGCUGUACACUUUCUUUUUCUGCCUAAGCUCCAGAAGAAGACCCCUGGUCAGCCAAGUUACUUCAUGGUCCCCAGAGCCGUUAGGAGCUGAUGAAGCUGGGUAUGUAGGAUGGGCUGGAGGCUGUUUGGGAUGGUGAGGAGUUGAGGCAAGCCCAGGAGGUCAUGAGGAAGCCCAGCCCUUGCCAAAGCCAGAUGCAGAGCCAGAGACAGCUCUGCUGCUCCCUGCUGUGCCACGGCUGAGCAGCCUUCCAACUGCUUAGAGUUAAGCAUUUGGUCACGUAAGGAUGAAGUAAAUUAGCACGUUUAGUAAAUUCUACUGAGGGGAGAAAAAAAAAUGUUGCCAGUUCACUCUCACUGUUGGUGAGAAUUUGUACACUAGACUGCCUAUUUUGCUCUUUGCUAUGCUGAAAGUUCUGUCUAGGUGUUUUCCUGAGUGGUCAUGAGUGAAUGGUGAAGAAACAACGCCAUGCUGGGGUCAUACCAAGAGAUUAUUCUGAAUAAUACUGUGUCCAUAGCAUAUCUGGUCACUUUAUAGUUUGUUCUUGGAUCAUGUAUUUUCAAGCUGGAGGGAUCAAGUCCCCCACAUAGACAUAUAUGAGACUGUCACAGCAACCUCUUCUUGCUCUGGAAUGGGACUGUUUUGUCAGGUACUCCAUUUAGUUUCUUCAUGCAACACGACCAGAAGAGCCUUGACCUUCUUCCAUAGAAGAUGAGUUGAAAUGAAGGAACCAGAUUUGAUUGAAAGACUUGAUGAUUUGGAUCUCAGAAAUGAUUUAGAUGUUCCGGAUGUUCCUCCAUCAAUAGACAGCACUCCAGAAAUCCUCAGAAGGGCUUUGUCAGGCUUGUCUGCCAGGUGGAAGAACUGGUGGAUUCGUGGAAUUCUAACUCUAGCUAUGAUUUCUGUGUUUUUUCUGAUAAUAUACAUGGGAUCUUUCAUGCUGAUGCUUCUGGUCUUGAGCAUCCAAGUGAAGUGUUUCCAUGAGAUCAUUACUAUAGGUUACAGAGUCUAUCACUCCUAUGAUUUACCAUGGUUUAGAUCCCUCAGCUGGUACUUUUUGCUGUGUGUCAACUACUUUUUUUACGGGGAAACUGUGGCUGAUUACUUUGGUACAUUUGUUCAGAGAAGAGAACAGCUUCAGUUCCUAAUUCGUUACCACAGGUUUAUAUCUUUUGCACUUUAUCUGGCAGGCUUCUGCAUGUUUGUUUUGAGCUUAGUGAAGAAACACUACCGUCUGCAGUUUUACAUGUUCGCAUGGACUCAUGUCACUUUGCUGAUCACUGUAACUCAAUCUCAUCUAGUCAUCCAAAAUCUCUUUGAAGGCAUGAUCUGGGAGAGUGUAAAUUGCGAGUUGAGACAGAAAGAAGAACAUGGAAGGUUUCUGGUGCCCAUUUCAAGUGUGAUCUGCAAUGAUAUUGCUGCUUACAUCUUUGGAUUCUUCUUUGGCAGAACUCCAUUAAUUAAGCUGUCUCCCAAAAAGACCUGGGAAGGGUUCAUUGGAGGUGGCAUCUCCACAGUUGUAUUUGGAUUUAUUUUUUCCUAUUUCUUGGCUCAGCAUCAGUACUUUGUCUGCCCAGUGGAAUAUAAGAGUGAAAUAAAUAGAUUUGUGACAGAGUGUGAACCUUUGGAGCUCUUCCAGAUGAAGAAGUAUUCGGUGCCACUAUUGCUUCGGUCUGUGUUGGGAUGGGAAACGGUGAAUAUGUACCCAUUCCAGAUGCACAGCAUUGCCCUGUCAACAUUUGCAUCCCUAAUUGGGCCAUUUGGAGGAUUCUUCGCCAGUGGAUUUAAAAGAGCUUUCAAAAUCAAGGAUUUUGCAGACACAAUCCCUGGGCACGGUGGCAUAAUGGAUCGCUUUGAUUGUCAGUAUUUGAUGGCCACUUUUGUUCACGUCUACAUCACCAGUUUCAUAAGAGGUCCAAAUCCCAGCAAACUACUGAAGCAGCUGUUGGUCCUUCAGCCAGAGCAACAACUAAAUGUGUAUAAAACCCUGAAAUCUCAUCUUGUUGAAAAAGGGAUCCUGCAGCCAUCUUUGAGAGGAUAGUCUGUCAAAAUGAAGCACAAUGUGAAAACUCUGUUUAGAAGCUGUCUGUGGAAAAGCACUAUAAAUGUGCACAAAGAUGGUACCUGAAGGAAGAAUACUUCAUGGUCUGGAAGAGGUGAAUGCUUCUUUCCUGAAAGGAACAUGAAUGCUGUGACUUUCUAUGAGGAAACAGAAGAUCUGUUACUCCUAAAAUAAUUAAACAGCUUGCAAAGUAACAGUACAUAUGUUAUGUAUUUUAUUUCCUGCAGUGGAUGGUAGCAGGCCUUCCUCAGCACCCAGCCUGACAAGAUUUGUAUUUUAAAAAGCUAACCUUCCUUUUUAAAUUGUCCUGGAUGAGAACAGUAAGACCACACUCAAAAUAAGCUAUAUAUCCAGCAAAUUUUAUUGAAAAUUUUAAAUUCACUGGUUGUUUUUGAUGACUUCUUUAAUAUUUUAUGCUUUAGCAAUACUUUUUUAGUGUUAAGUGGUUGCUGAAGUGAAAACGUAGGUGAGGCUGGCAGUCGAUCAUUUAUCUAGCCAGGUGCUGAAGUCACAAUUGGCCAGAAAAUACACGUUUGCCUGUUCAAAACAGUCCUUACAGACUGCACUAUGAGGCUUCCUGUAUUUACUAAGUCACUACGAAGGUUAAACUUAACUGUGUUUUUAACUAAUCAGCUUUCGUAUGAAACUGUUUCAUCCUUUCAAAAGGGAAGUAUCUUUACUGAAGUACAGCUGAGCUGAUUGGGCUGCAGAGCUGCUUUUUUUUUUUUUUUAAUGAAUGUUAUGGAUUAUAAACAAGUGUGUACAUCCAGGACUAACAGUUACCGAACAAUGGAAUCCUUUAACCGUUUAAACAGAGUGAGAUGAAUUUGGAGUUUAAGAUCUUGGUUUCCAGAGGAUCGUCUGUGUCUGAAGACAUAAUUUCAAGCCUUACUCCUUGUGCCUCUUUACUACUGUGUAGAAUGGGGAUUUUUUCUCUUUUAAAAGCACUUUGAAGUCCUGUUUUAUUAAUAUGUCACUGAGUGAAGACAGAAACUUUUAUCUCAUGGAUGUGCAUGGUGCAAGACAGGAUGCAUGGUUAUUCUUUUGCAUGUUACUAUUUACCAAGAAUCUUCAAGCAAGCCUGGGCAACACCAUAGGAAUUUGAAUGGAGAAUUUUUAAAGGAAGCAGUUAUUCUGUAGACUUGAUGGGACAGAUGAGGAAAGCUGAUACUCUGCAUUUCUCAGUCCUAGUUGUUUCCUAACUUAUUUUAUCACAUGAUAAGUCUUAAUGCAAAUUAAUUUUUUUUUGAGACAAUGAAAAUGAUUCCUUUAUAAACAAAAAGCACAAAUGCCAAUUUGGUUUUGGUAUACUGUAAUUUGAUUCAAUAUAAUUUUUCAACCAACUGUAAAUAAGUUUCUAAUGCAGUGAACAUACUAAUGCUACAUGUGUCUGUAUGUGUGUGUAUAUAUAUAUAGCAUUAAUAGAUGUGUGUAUAUAAAUAUAUAUUAAAGGUGAAAAAUUUUAAUGGUUGGUGGUGCCUGAGAAUAAAAUCAUGGAGAAAAUAACUAGGAUUCAUGAUAGGCUCUAUCUGUAAUUUUGAGACUGGUUCUGUUGAACACAAUGCAUAUGAAUCCAUCACACGCUCUGUUUUGCACUUAGGCCACAGUACCAUGUGUACAGCACGUGGGUGGAGAAGCACUCCUGCACAUGGCUAUGAAAUGGAAAUCUGGCUCUAGAGUAAUCCCUGCUGAUGUCAGGUGUCUGACAGAAGUAAUUUUUUUAUGGCACUUCCUACGGCUGACCUGGAGGCAGCAGGACUAUGUUGAAGGAACACUCUGAAACAGGUCGGCUCUUAAAAAUGUUGUAAGCUGCUUGUCCAUCAAUGGCCAAGUCACUUGGGCUGUUAAUUGGAAGGGACUGCAUUUUGUACCUUCCCCCAGAAGGGAAGCAUAGCCGGAGGUUAAAAGAUGGCACAGCCAGGAAGAAUAACAUGUGGAAAGGUGCUUGAAAAAGAAGGGAGAGAUAAAGGGUGUGUGCAUCAGUGAGGAUGACCCAAGUAGCAUACCUUGAAAAUAAACUUGUCAAUGAGACUUUGGUUGUGCACGGGGCUCUCGGAGUUGCUUAUGAAAAAAGCACAGCUUUAUUGGAGCCAGUAUAUCUUUAUCCUGUGUUUAAAUAGUAAAAUAAAAAAACAGAGAGAAUAUAUAUUGAAAGGUAUUUGUUGUUUCUAAAACUUGAACUUUCUAGUGUAAUUUUAUAGCAUGUAUAAUAAGGAAGUUAAAUUGAUUUGAGCAUUUAAUACAACAGACCAUUUGAAAGCUAUCUUUUUGUACAGUAGAAGGUAAAACACAACAAUUCUGCUGUUCAAUAUUAAAAUUAAGAAGGGAUCACUUCUGAACUCAUUCAUCGCUUUUUGUAGAAAGGAUAAUAGCAUUCUGCUGGCUUAGGCUUUGUAAAUACAACUCAGCAGGAACUGUCACUGUGAAGUGAUAACUACAUUUGCUUGCUACGAAACAUGUUUAUCCCAGUUGUUACUUUUGCUAGUCCAAGCACUACAACGUGAUCAACAGGACAGUUUAACUUUUGCACCAGUGAUUCUUUUCUCUUGUACUUCUGUUACAAGUUGCUGUAAUUACCUAUUGAACAAAAAAAUGUAUAUUUGUAAAUACUGUAAAUGUUUUGAGCAUAUAAUGUCUGUUUUAGUUUGUUGAAUCUUUCAUUGAAGCAGGCAUUGUAAAAAUAAAACUGGAAUACAAAUCC